GCAGCGGCAGCCGCUGCUCACAGCUCGGCGAGGAGGGAGCGGGCGCCUGGGAGACGGUGACUCAGAGGCUGAGCGGCGCACGGGCCAAGGAGCACCGGCGUCCAUGGACCCAGGGGGCCCCCUCAGAACAAGGUGACGCCCAACUUGCCCCACAGCUACCUCAGGGAGGAGCUGUGUCUUCUCCAUGGACUUCCAGGAUCGGGACCCCCCAUCCCUGGCCGAGAGUGUCCAGUCUACAAAGCCCAGCAGCAUCCAUCAGGCCUCAGAGCUGUGGGAAGUGGUGGAGGAACCUCGGGGUAGGCUGGGGCCUGAGGGGCUCUUGCCCCAACGACAGGAAGGUCACCUGCUGAAGAAGAGGAAGUGGCCUCUGAAGGGCUGGCACAAGAGAUACUUUGUCCUGGAAGAUGGAAUCCUGCACUACGCAACUACCCGGCAGGAUGUUACCAAGGGAAAGCUCCAUGGCUCCAUUGAUGUCCGAUUGUCCGUCAUGUCCAUCAACAGAAAGGCCCAACGCAUUGACCUGGACACCGAAGACAAUAUCUACCACCUCAAGAUCAAAUCCCAGGAUGUGUUCCAGAGCUGGGUGGCCCAGCUGCGUGCCCACCGCCUGGCCCAGCGCCUGGACAUGUCACGAGGCUCACUGCCCAGCACUGCUCACCGCAAGGUUCCUGGUGCCCAAACAGCAGGGGGCACUGCGGCUCUCCCUGGGCUGGGGCCACGGGAGAAGGUGUCCUCCUGGCUGAGGGGCAGCGAUGGGCUGGAUCGCUGUUCCCAUGAGCUCUCCGAGUGCCAGGGCAAGCUCCAGGAGCUGCACCGGCUCCUCCAGGGCCUGGAAUCCCUACAUCGAAUCCCCUCUGCCCCUGUCAUCCCCACACACCAGGCCUCCGUGACAACCGAGAGGCCCAAGAAGGGGAAGCGGACGAGCCGAAUGUGGUGCACCCAGAGCUUUGCCAAAGAUGAUACCAUUGGACGGGUCGCGCGUCUCCACGGCUCAGUCCCCAACCUGUCUCGUUAUCUGGAGUCCCGGGACCCCUCAGGUCCCCGAGGACUUCCGCCCCCUGACUAUGCUCACCUGCAGCGUAGUUUCUGGGCCCUGGCCCAGAAGGUGCACACCUCCCUCAGCAGUGUCCUGGCUGCCCUGACCAAUGAGCGGGACCGACUCAGGGACCUGCACCAAGGCUCCGAGCUGCCAAGGCUGGGGGUCUCUGAGGCCUCCACUGGCUCGAGGCGCCUCCAUUCUCUUUCCAUUUCCUCGGACACCACUGUGGACUCCUUCAGCUCCCUGAACCCUGAAGAGCAGGAAGCUCUGUACAUGAAGGGCCGAGAGCUGACCCCCCAGCUCUCCCAAAGCAGCGUCCUGUCCCUCGCCGACUCACACACAGAGUUCUUUGAUGCCUGUGAGGUCCUCUUGUCCGCCAGCUCUUCUGAGAAUGAGGGCUCUGAGGAAGAGGAAUCGUGCGCCAGCGAAGUCACCACCAGCCUGUCAGAGGAGCUGCUGGAGCUCAGGGGAGCAGAGCCAUGGCAGAAAGGGGUGUGUGUUCCAGGGAGAGCCCCCGGACCCCCCCGCCGCCGUUGCCUGCCAGCGGCCAGCGGCCCAGGAGCUGACGUGAGCCUGUGGAACAUCCUGCGAAACAACAUCGGCAAAGACCUGUCCAAGGUGUCGAUGCCCGUGCAGCUCAACGAGCCGCUCAACACGCUGCAGCGGUUGUGCGAAGAGCUGGAGUACAGCAGCCUUUUGGACCAGGCCAGCCGCCUGGCUGACCCCUGCGAGCGCAUGGUAUACGUGGCCGCCUUCGCUGUAUCAGCCUACUCAUCCACCUAUCACCGGGCAGGCUGCAAACCCUUCAACCCUGUCCUAGGAGAGACCUAUGAGUGUGAGCGGCCUGACCGGGGCUUCCGCUUCAUCAGUGAGCAGGUCUCUCACCAUCCCCCCAUCUCUGCGUGCCAUGCGGAGUCUGAGAACUUCAUCUUCUGGCAAGACAUGAAGUGGAAAAACAAGUUUUGGGGCAAAUCUCUCGAGAUUGUGCCAGUGGGGACAGUCAAUGUACGCCUGCCCAGGUUCGGGGAUCACUUUGAGUGGAACAAGGUGACAUCUUGCAUCCACAACAUCCUAAGCGGCCAGCGCUGGAUUGAGCACUAUGGGGAGGUGCUGAUCCGGAAUACCCAGGACAACUCCUGCCACUGCAAAAUCACCUUCUGCAAGGCCAAGUACUGGAGCUCCAAUGUCCACGAGGUGCAGGGCGCCGUGUUCAGCCGGAGUGGCCGUGUCCUCCAUCGGCUCUUUGGGAAGUGGCACGAGGGGCUAUACCGAGGACCCCCAGCCAGUGGUCAGUGCAUCUGGAAGCCCAACUCGAUGCCCCCAAACCACGAGCGAAACUUCGGCUUCACUCAGUUUGCCUUGGAGCUGAACGAGCUGACAUCGGAGCUGAAACGGUCGCUGCCUUCUACGGACACUCGGCUCCGGCCAGACCAGAGGUACUUGGAAGAAGGGAACAUCCAGGCUGCUGAAGCCCAGAAGAGAAGGAUUGAGCAGCUGCAGCGAGACCGGCGCCGAGUGAUGGAGGAGAACAACAUUGCCCACCAGGCUCGCUUUUUCAGGCGGCAGACGGACAGCAGCGGGAAGGAGUGGUGGGUGACCAACAACACGUACUGGCGACUUCGGGCUGAACCCGGCUACGGGAACCUUGACGGGGCGGUGCUCUGGUAGCCCCGGCUUCUGGGGCAGGAGACUCAACUUCCUGUCUCCUGCCUCCACUCCCCUCGGACACACAGUGAGGCCAAGUUCCCCCUCUCACUGCCCUGAAGACCGAAGGAGACCCAGAGGGCACCUCUGGCUCUGCCCUCUCCCCUCUGCUGGCCGGAGGGGCUGAACACCUCAGCACAUUGCCCAUUCCGUGUUUGGGGUGGAAAACUGAAUUCUUGCUCUUCCAGUCUUGUUGCCCCAGACCACCGGCAUGUAAGAUCCUUCUUGCUCUGUCUUCCCCUUUUCUCUUCCGUCCCGGUUACUUAGGGGAGACGUCAGGCUCUCCAGGACCUGUUCCCCAUUUCAGUGCCUUCCUAGGACACAGGGGACCCCUUGACGCUCCCCAGGCUUCCUAUGCCCCAAGCCCGGCCUCAACUGUUGCAGUUGGAUGCGUGAAGGAGAGGAGAAAGGUUUCUCUGGCCCUCCCGGCCCUUCCCUGGAUCCCAGCUCCAGCAUCUUCCCUGUCCCAGCCCUAUGAGGUUCCCUUGGCUCAGUCCCCAAACUGCAAAAACGCCUGCAGCUUCCAGGUCCUUCCUCCGUCCUCAAGUGGUUUCCUUCAGACCCAGCUCACUGGAUCCCCUCGAACUGACAAAACCUCUCCAAGAGGUGGGAGCAGACGGAGCAGACAAGGCUUCCUGGCUCUGUCCCCACCCCAGUGCGUGAGCACAUGUGUGUUGUGUGUGUCAGAGACUGUGUCCUGUGUGUGUUGUGUACUGCUCGCAGGCGAGCGGGGUCCCUGAUGUAGCCAGACGCCCUGCUGCUAGGCGUCCCCCAACGUUGCUGCUCAUUCUUGCAGUCUGCCUCUGAAGACGGUGAAUGGCUGUGACAUUCCAAGCUCCAAUAAAAAUGGUACUGAAAUUUG